AUGGAGGAAGCUGCUCGAAGACAGCGCGAUGAGAUGCUGGGUAUCCGGUCGCAGGGCAAGCUGCCAAAACCUGGAGAUGCGGUGGCGGUCACUGUUCAAGGCGCCGAACCUUUUGAGCCCCGUGCUGAGAAGGGCAUUUACCUAGCGCAGUGUGAUGAGGUGCCAAGCGGAGCUCGAGUGCAGGUACAGCGAAACGGCCGGAACCAUGUGGUGAUCACGCGGCUUCCGGCAAUCCUGGACAACGUGAGCAGCAGUUGGAGAACACACACCACACCGAUGGGCGAUUUGGCUUGGGUGAGCAACACCGGAGAAACCCGUGAUGGGGACGCUGUUCGAGACCUUGGUUUGGACCUGGGGCUUUUAACGGUGGAGGAGCGUGGUAUGGGCGAGAGUGCGAUCGAAGGCCGACCUUUUGUGGCAACUUUGAAAGGGGCUGGAAGCAAUCCAACUCAGGACAGGUGCCAGAUUCUGCCCCAUGAGCUGGAGCAGGAGAUCAACAACAGCGAGCGCAGGGCCCAGGUAAAAGCAGUUCAGCUAGUUACUGACACCGUGGAUGCAAGGGUUUUGACAGACCCUCAGACAUCGCCUGAGGAGCUGGAAAAAUGGAUUCGGGAUGGCCUGCAACCGGAGCUGGCAAAGCUGCGGGAGAAGGACAUCUUCGAAGAGAUGCCUGUGUCACAGGUGCCGUCUGGUGCAAAAAUCCUGCCCGCCAAAGUUGUGCUGACAAAGAAACCCCAGGAUCCGGGUAGUGUGGAUGCUGGGGAUCCUCUGUCGGAGUGGCGAGCCAAGGCCCGCGUUGUGGCUUGUGGCAACCAUGAGCAAGGGACGUUUGGGCAUGAUCCGGAGAACACCUCGACGAAUCCUUCGAUCGAGGCCAUACGCUGGAGCGCUUCUUGUCUGGCGCGGAACCCCGACUGGACGGGUUUAGUGCUGGAUGUUACUGCUGCAUUUCUCAACGCGGAGAUGGACGACGACCAGACCUUCGUGAGACCUCCUGGAGUUUUGUCCAGAGUGGGGUUGCAGGAAGAAGGGAAAGUUUGGCGCUUGAGGAAAGUGUUAUAUGGUUUGCGGAAAGGGCCCCGGCUGUGGGAGGCCUGUAGGAAUGGAGAGCUGAACGGCAAACGCUUUGGUGUGGCUGGCCACGAAUAUUGGUUGGAUCCCCUGGACUCUGGUGUGUGGGCAGUUCGUGAUGCCGUGGAUUCGGGAAGCUUCCAUGGCAUUUUCGAUAUGUACGUAGAUGAUGGGUUGAUUGUUGGACCCAUUGGUAUGUGCAGGGCCCUGGCGGAGAUGCUGGUAACAUUGUGGGAACUCAAACUUCAGGGUUUUCUGGAGUGCAACGAGCUGCAAUGUGGGCAAACAGUACAAGUUGGGGACACAGCGGUCAAGGUACAGAGCGAAGUUCCUUUUCUUGGGAUGGUUAUUCGCCGGAGCCAUGAGGGUGUAUGGUUACAUCAGAAUCCAUGGGUGCAGUCAGAGCUAGCCAAGAGAGGCUGGGAGUGCAUGCGUGGGUCUAUGUCAUUGCCUGAGAUCAUAGAAGGGCAAACAGAGCCUGUGGUUCGAGAUGAAGCCUAUGGCGCCGACCUCCUCCAGGCCCAGUCACAGGCAGAAGUCGAGGCGAGUGCGACGACGUACCAGGUUGGUUCUAAGUUGCGAGAAUUUAUUCAGGCAGCACUGGGAUACAAACUGCAGACGAUCCUGUACGGAGAUAACUCUGCGUGCAUUGGGAACCUGAUGCGGGGCUCUGAGUACGUGCAGCCGGCUCGAACUAGGCACUUUGGGAUGCGCUGUGCUUAUCUGAGGGACCACCUGAAGGCAGACAACAUUCAGGUUCAGCAUCUUGGUGGUGAUAAGCUACCUGCAAAUGGGUUGACUAAGACGCUUGCGAAAACUAAGCUAGAGUUGGCCAGAGAACAGAUGUGUGUUCGGCGCCUGUCCUUGUAG